GGCUAAUGAAGCCCCAGUACUCAUGGCUGCUUUCUUACCUGCUGGACCAAGAGGACCAACAACUACCACACUGGCAACAGGCAGUUGGUCACAGAUCGGUACCUUCCAUUGGAGAGAGAGGGAAGGUGUGAAGAGAGGAGCAACAGAGAAGGCAGAGGCAAAGUGGUGCAGCACACAGGAGUCCAUAGUAAACACACAGGCACUACAAGAGGGAUAAGCUUCUUUGACAUGUCUGAACGAUAGUAAAUGCUGGUUGCCGGUGUGCUUUGAAAUGGGAAACACCAAAAGUAGUGCCCUAUCCAAAGAUAUCUUGGAAGACCUCAAAGUGAACACCAAGUACACGGAAGAGGAGCUCACCGUAUGGUACCAGACAUUCUUGAAGGAAUGCCCAAAUGGCCUGGUCUCUGUGGAACAAUUUGAGAAGAUCUAUUCUAACUUUUUCCCAGAUGCAGACCCGAAAGCUUAUGCCAAACAUGUCUUCAGGAGCUUUGACACCAACAAUGAUGGGACCUUGGAUUUUAAGGAAUACAUCAUUGCCCUUCACCUCACCUCCUCUGGAAAGAUUUCCCAGAAGCUUGAGUGGGCUUUCUCUCUCUAUGAUGUGGAUGGCAACGGCACAAUCAACAAAGAAGAAAUACUGGAAAUCGUCAAGGCGAUAUUUAAGAUGAUAACUGAGGAAGAACAGAAGGCCCUGCCAGAGGAUGAGAACACCCCAGAGAAGAGGACUGAAAAGAUCUGGGUGUUUUUUGGCAAGAAAGAAAAUGAUAAAUUAUCGGAAGGCGAGUUUAUUGAAGGCACCCUUGAAAACAAAGAUAUACUCCGAAUGAUACAGUUGGAACCUCAGAACAUCAAAGGAAAGCUAAAGAAGCAAUAG